AUGAGCAACACAGUCCCUAUUCCACCCAUGCUCCACCAAGGUUUUCCAGCAACACAGUCCCUACUCCACCCAUGCUCCACCAAGGUUUUCCAGCAACACAGUCCCUACUCCACCCAUGCUCCACCAAGGUUUUCCAGCAACACAGUCCCUACUCCACCCAUGCUCCACCAAGGUUUUCCAGCAACACAGUCCCUACUCCACCCAUGCUCCACCAAGGUUUUCCAGCAACACAGUCCCUACUCCACCCAUGCUCCACCAAGGUUUUCCAGCAACACAGUCCCUACUCCACCCAUGCUCCACCAAGGUUUUACAGCAACACAGUCCCUAUUCCACCCAUGCUCCACCAAGGUUUUACAGCAACACAGUCCCUACACCACCCAUGAGCAACACAGUCCCUACUCCACCCAUGCUCCACCAAGGUUUUCCAGCAACACAGUCCCUAUUCCACCCAUGCUCCACCAAGGUUUUCCAGCAACACAGUCCCUACUCCACCCAUGCCCCACCAAGGUUUUACAGCAACACAGUCCCUACUCCACCCAUGAGCAACACAGUCCCUACUCCACCCAUGCUCCACCAAGGUUUUCCAGCAACACAGUCCCUAUUCCACCCAUGCUCCACCAAGGUUUUCCAGCAACACAGUCCCUACUCCACCCAUGCUCCACCAAGGUUUUCCAGCAACACAGUCCCUAUUCCACCCAUGCUCCACCAAGUUUUUCCAGCAACACAGUCCCGACUCCACCCAUGCUCCACCAAGGUUUUCCAGCAACACAGUCCCUACUCCACCCAUGCUCCACCAAGGUUUUACAGCACACAGUCCCUACUCCACCCAUGAGCAACACAGUCCCUACUCCACCCAUGAGCAACACAGUCCAUACUCCACCCAUGCUCCACCAAGGUUUUCCAGCAACACAGUCCCUACUCCACCCAUGCUCCACCAAGGUUUCCCAGCAACACAGUCCCUACUCCACCCAUGCUCCACCAAGGUUUUACAGCAACACAGUCCCUACUCCACCCAUGCUCCACCAAGGUUUUACAGCAACACACUCCCAUCUCCACCCAUGCUCUACCAAGGUUUUACAGCAACACAGUCCCUACUCCACCCAUGAGCAACACAGUCCCUACUCCACCCAUGAGCAACACAGUCCCUACUCCACCCAUGAGCAACACAGUCCCAACUCCACCCAUGAGCAACACAGUCCCUACUCCACCCAUGCUCCACCAAGGUUUUACAGCAACACAGUCCCUACUCCACCCAUGAGCAACACAGUCCCUACUCCACCCAUGAGCAACACAGUCCCUACUCCACCCAUGAGCAACACAGUCCCUACUCAACCCAUGCUCCACCAAGGUUUUACAGCAACACAGUCCCUACUCCACCAGCAACACAGUCCCUACUCCACCCAUGCUCCACCAAGGUUUUACAGCAACACAGUCCCUACUCCACCAGCAACACAGUCCCUACUCCACCCAUGA